GAGUUUUGUUCUCUGCCGUCGGUGGAGCUGGGCUGGUGGGGGCGUUGUUAGUCAGACUUGUCAGACUGGUCAGACAGCCAGUCUCACUGGGAAACAUGGAGUUCCUGACUGUCCUUCAGUUCCUGAGCCCAGGGUUUGACAGAGUCACUUUACUGGCCGUGUUCUGCACAGUCUUUGCUCUGGUCUUUGACUUCAUGAAGAGGAGACAAAAGUGCAUCAACUAUCCCCCGGGCCCCUGGACGCUGCCCUUCAUCGGGAGUGUUUUUCAUGUCAGCAACAACAACCCCUACACAUCGUUUGAAAAGCUCCGUGGAAAAUACGGCAACACAUUCAGCCUGCAGUUUGGGUGGACAGAUGUGGUGGUGCUCAACGGCUACGAGGCCAUCAAGGACGGUCUGGUGAAGAAAUCAAAAGACACGUCCGACCGACCAACCGUUCCCAUCUACCAAAGAUACUUUAGUGGCUUUGGGCAAGGCAUUGUCUUUGCAAAGUACGGCCAGUGGUGGCAAGAUCACAGGAGGUUUGCUCUCUCCACGCUGAAGAACUUUGGGCUGGGGAAGAAAUCUCUGGAGUUGCGAAUCGUGGAGGAGGCGAGCUUUUUAAACAACGAAUUGGAAGCCGAGAUUGGUCACCCUUUUGACCCACAUUUCAGAAUAAACAACGCUACCUCCAAUAUCAUCUGCUCCCUCAUCUUUGGGGAUCGUUUUGACUACCAGGAUACAAAACUCCUUCAUUUACUAGAGAUAAUUGAUGAGAGCAUGUUGCUGGAGGCUGGAUUUUGGGCUAAGUUGGUGAACAUGUUCCCCUUUAUUGACGGCCUCCCUGGGCCCCAUCGCAGAAUCUUUCAGAACCGUAUGAAGUUGGUUGAGUUUCUCCAGGAAAUAGUCGCUGAGCACAAGGAAGUUUGGGAUCCCAACGAACCAAGAGACUUCAUUGACGCCUUCUUAGUGGAGUGUGAGAAGAUGAAGGCGACUCCCAAUACGAGCUUCACUGAGACCAGCCUGUUCAGCACAUCCCUGGAUCUCUUCGGAGCCGGUACCGAGACCACCUCCACCACCCUCCGUUGGGGGCUGCUCUUCAUGGUCUUAUUCCCCGAUAUCCAGGAGAAGGUCCAGGAAGAGAUUGACCGAGUGAUUGGGACGGAGAGAAAUCCGGCUCUGGAGGACCAGGAGACAAUGGCGUUCACCAACGCUGUCAUCCACGAAACCCAACGCUUCGGAAACAUUGUCCCAAACUCAUUGCCGCACGAGACGUCCAGAGAUACAGAGAUCAUGGGGUUCUCCAUUCCAAAGGUGGCUCUUGGAUGACAUUACAAUGAUAUAGCGCCUCUCAUGUCGGAAGGUAAAGUUUUU